AUGUAUUUUUUAGGUGAGGAGAGGCAUUUCCGUGUCUUGUCGCUGAGUUUUGGGGUAAGAGGUCUGCAGGGGAGCGUAACAUCCGAGGCAGCAAAAAUCCAGACCCAAAUGGCUCUUCAACAGACAGCGUACAGCGCAUGUUCACGCAAGGUGCAUUGCGUGAGCAAACACUAUCUGGACGACCCAUUUGUCCACUUUUUUUCGCGGGACAUGACGAUAGUCAAUAGCCCGCUUAUGAAUCGUGGAACGUGGCUCCGGACGGUCGCAAUAGAACGUAGUGUGUUAUCUUUUGCAAGGAACUGGUCUGCGGAUGGUCCUUUGCAGGUGAUCAGCUUUGGCUCGGGGGUUGACACGCUUUACUUCCGCCUGAAAAAAGAUCACAGUGAAGUUAACAUCGUGCGGUACAUUGAGCUUGACUUUCCUGACCUGGUGGCAGAGAAGCAGAGAGUAAUAGAGAAAACCGAACGGUUAAACCAACUGGUUGGGCCUGAGUAUGAGUUAGUGCCGUGUGACCUGCAGAAACCCGAUGAGUUGCGGGAAAUAUUGAAAAGAGUUGCACGUAAUGAUGUUCCUACCGUAUUAUUGGCGGAAAUGGUCUUUGUCUACCUGGAAGAGCGGACAACCACGGCAAUCCUAGAACUGACGCUUAAUGAUGUACUCAAAAGAGAUAUGUGUGUAUUACUCAUCGCCUAUGACGCUAUUCGUCCCAAUGAUCGUUUUGGAGAAGUGAUGGUGAAUUCCCUUGCCUCUUCAGGGGUCCCUCUUCGUGGCAUUAAGGAAUUGCCUACGCCGGAAGCCCAUGCCGAACGAUGCAAGAGGGUGGGAUUAAAAAGUGUCAUGGCGACAUCCAUGAGGCAACUUUAUCUUUCUGUUCCACAGGAGACACAGGAAUGGUUGAAGAAACUUGAAAUGGUUGAUGACUGGGAUGAGUGGUGCAUUAUGCAUGAUCAUUACUGCUUUGUCCUGGCAACAAACAAGGCGGAGGCUUUACCAACAAUUUUUUAA